AUGGCCCUCCUACGCUGCACUAUCCUCUUAUACAUCCCAUUUGUUUGCGCUUCACUUCUGCACCUCAAUGGCACCAUUAUCCAUACACUUGAUGCCAACGACUCUCCACCUAGCAAUAACACCAGAACUUUGUGGGACAUCAUCUGGAGUUGUGGUGUAACCUUAUUUGCAUGCGCGUGGACCGCCAUUCAUCCGAACAUUCAGGGUAUGGAAGAGAAGACACGCUAUAUUGUCUUUCGUCGUAUAGCAUCAUGGCCAUGGUAUUGGUCGCUCCAGAACUCAUUAUCACCUGGGCUUCGCGGCAGUUUUUUCAGCGCUAUUGCAAUUAAAAAACGGUUCAAUGAUGCCUUGAGUGCACAACCUGUCGAUGCUCAAGACCACCGUCCAGAUGUAGAAGCUACGUUGCGUAGUGGAAGUGCAGAGUUUAGAGCAUGGAUGGGUGGGUUCAUCCUAUACGUCAAUGACGAGCCGCGAGCUACUCUUACACCACCCGAUGAACUCCUACAAUUUGUUCUUCGGGAAUCUGUGGACAUGCCUGUCAUCCAGAAGGCGGACAUCGAAGACCGAAGCAAGGGUGACAUACUAUCCAAAGGUGUCGCCAUUCUUCAACUUGUAUGGUUUGUUCUCCAGCUCGCCGCUCGUCGUGGCCAGAACCUUCCAAUAACUGCUUGAAAUCGACACCCUGGCUAUAGUUGUUCUGACAUGUGUUGCCUAUUGCGUUGGGCGACGCAACCUUAACAUACGAGUAUGUUAUUGUCAAUAUUCUUGCCUGAAAUUGCUCUGAUUCGCAAACAUUAUAGCAAGGCAGAUUCAAGAUUCAGCCAUGUAGGCUAUUC